GUUUUACCAAAUACCAAACUCAACUUUCUACAAUCUCAAAGGCCUAAGCUUUCUUUUCUUUUCAUUUCUUUUUCAAUCUCUCUCCACGCAUUUUAGGCAGGAGGAAGAAGGGUCGCUCUCUCUUUUAUCUUUCUCAACAGUGAUUGCUCUUUCUCCACCAUUGCUAAUCGUUAAAGUAAAGGGCAAGAAAAACCCUAAAGUUGGGAUCUUUGUGACUUCAGCUGUUGAUGGAGAGUGAGAUGAUAAGCUUUGAUUUUGAUAACAGAGGGGGUCAUGUGCUGAACCUGGGGGCCAAGUGAUGGGUCUGUUUAGUUCGAUCAAUUUAAGAAGUCUGUACUCCUUUCAAUGGCCUCGAGAUCUGGUACUAAGGGUUCCUUGGAUAAGCAGAACAAAGCAUUUGGAAUUGAAACAUUAGAAGGAAUUUCCCGAAAGCCUUCACCUUUGCUAGCCUCAAAGACAAGCAAAUCAGGUACUGCUUCAGUUGCUCAAGAAGUUCCACCCAAGCAGCUUAAUAUAGAAACAACAGCGAACAAGAAGUUGCAUAAUGCUGGCCAGAAUGGGUUACUAGAUAGUUUAGCUGGUAAACUAGAUACGAGCUUGCGUUUGGGAAACACUAAGCAAACACAAGCAAGCUUGAGUCCUCCAGCUACUGAAACAAAGGGCUCGGUUGAGAACAUAGCUGAUCAGGAAAAGAAAACAUCUGAACGUGGAACAGUCAAGGAUGGAGUGAGUUCUGCUAAAGUGAGUGAUGGAGCCAGUAGUCUUGCAAAAACAAGUGGAAGUGCCAAAAUUAGUGAUCGAGCUGAUUUUGUUGAGAGUGGCAAGAGCAGCAUUUGUAGGGGUAGCACUAGUAGUAAUGUAAGUGAUGAAAGUACUUGUAGCAGCUUGAGCAGUAGCAUUAAUAAGCCUCAUAAAGCAAAUGACUCGAGAUGGGAAGCCAUCCAAGCUGUCCGAUCAAAGGAAGGGGUCUUAGAUUUGAGGCAUUUCAGAUUGCUAAAGAAGUUGGGUUGUGGUGAUAUUGGAAGUGUUUAUCUCUCGGAGUUGUGCGGUACAAAGUGUUAUUUUGCCAUGAAGGUUAUGGAUAAAGCAUCACUAGCCAGCCGUAAGAAAUUGCUUCGCGCUCAGACAGAAAGAGAAAUAUUGCAGUGUUUGGACCAUCCUUUCCUUCCGACGUUGUAUACCCAUUUUGAGACUGAAAAGUUUUCAUGUUUGGUGAUGGAGUUCUGUCCAGGUGGUGACUUGCACACACUUCGGCAGAGGCAACCAGGAAAGCAUUUCUCAGAACAAGCUGUGAAGUUUUACGUUGCAGAAGUGCUCCUUGCUUUGGAGUAUCUUCAUAUGCUUGGCAUUGUUUACCGUGAUCUCAAGCCAGAAAAUGUUCUUGUAAGGGAAGAUGGACACAUAAUGCUAUCCGACUUUGACCUCUCGCUUCGCUGUACCGUCAGCCCGACACUUGUCAAAUCAUCAUCCCUCGAAACUGAGCCUCUCCGGAAGAAUCCUGUUUAUUGUGUCCAACCUGCAUGCAUUGAGCCAUCUUGUAUCCAACCAUCAUGCGUGGUUCCCACAACAUGUUUUACUCCUAGAAUCUUUUCAAGUAAAUCGAAGAAAGAAAGGAAACCGAAAAACGAAAUUGGUAACCAAGUCAGCCCACUGCCAGAGCUCAUUGCAGAGCCAACUGGAGCACGAUCAAUGUCAUUUGUUGGAACCCACGAGUAUCUAGCACCUGAAAUCAUCAAAGGAGAAGGGCACGGCAGUGCUGUGGACUGGUGGACCUUUGGAAUUUUCCUUUACGAGUUAUUGUUUGGUAAGACUCCCUUCAAGGGAUCCGGGAAUCGAGCGACCUUAUUCAAUGUUGUCGGGCAGCCCCUUCGAUUUCCAGAGUCUCCUGUCGUCAGUUUUUCGGCUAGAGAUCUUAUAAGAGGGUUGCUAGUAAAAGAGCCACAACAUAGGUUGGCAUACAAACGUGGGGCAACUGAAAUUAAGCAACAUCCCUUCUUUGAAGGUGUAAAUUGGGCUCUGAUUCGCUGUGCAAGCCCUCCAGAGAUCCCAAGGCCAUUCGAGAUUGAGAAGAUUCCCGUCCCAACAGCAUCAACCGGUGAAAAGCCUGCUCCUGGAGCUAUGCCCUUUCAGCAAAAUUCUGAUAAUUACCUCGAAUUUGAUUUCUUUUAAUGGCUUUCAAAGCUGGUUGGCUAUUUGUUUCCGCCAAGGGAAAUACGUAGCACCUACCUGGACAUAGCAAAGCUGUUGGAAGUCAGGGUUCUCUUAUGUUGGAGAAGUUGUUGAUCAUAUUAUUGCUUGAUGUUGUUAAAGAACAGUUCCAUUUGUUGUAUUGCAAAUACUGAAAAGUGUUUUAACGCUUAUCAGUCCAUAAUGUGAAUUUUGACACUUAAAAAUCUCUUUUUAAUGA